ACAAAUUAGCAUCAAUCCACUGACUGUCGCCUACAAUAAAUUAGGCUGAGUCUAAAAGAAAUCAGCCUGCAUACAGAGAGGAACUUUCAACCCCACCUCCUUGCUUUCUCCAGCCAUGGAUGCUUCAGGUUGGAGUGUGUUUAGGACAUGGAUCAGAGUGUUGACAGAAAAGAUGUUCAAACAUCUUCGAGAAUGGGUUUUCAUUCACUUCUUUGGGCAUUCUCGGCAAAGAGCGAGGCUGGUCUCCAAAGAUGGAAGGUGCAACAUCGAGUUUGGCAAUGUGGAGGCACAGUCGAGGUUUAUAUUUUUUGUGGACAUUUGGACAACUGUACUUGACCUCAAAUGGAGAUACAAAAUGACCAUUUUCAUCACGACCUUCUUAGGAAGUUGGUUCCUCUUUGGUCUUCUGUGGUAUGUGGUAGCCUACAUUCACAAAGACCUUCCAGAGUUCCACCCUUCUGCCAAUCAUACCCCCUGUGUAGAGAACAUUAAUGGCUUGACCUCAGCAUUUUUGUUUUCUUUGGAAACUCAAGUGACCAUUGGAUAUGGAUUCAGGUGUGUGACAGAACAGUGCGCCACAGCCAUUUUUCUGCUUAUCUUCCAGUCUAUACUUGGAGUUAUCAUCAAUUCUUUCAUGUGUGGUGCCAUCUUAGCCAAGAUAUCCAGACCCAAAAAGCGUGCCAAGACCAUUACGUUCAGCAAGAAUGCAGUUAUCAGCAAGCGGGGUGGGAAGCUUUGUCUCCUAAUCCGAGUAGCUAAUCUAAGGAAGAGCCUCCUUAUUGGCAGUCACAUAUAUGGAAAGCUUCUGAAGACCACAGUCACUCCUGAAGGAGAGACUAUUAUUUUGGACCAGAUCAAUAUCAAUUUUGUGGUUGAUGCUGGCAAUGAAAAUUUAUUCUUCAUCUCCCCACUGACGAUUUACCAUGUCAUUGAUCACAACAGCCCCUUCUUCCACAUGGCAGCAGAAACCCUUCUCCAGCAGGACUUUGAAUUAGUGGUGUUUUUAGAUGGCACAGUGGAAUCAACCAGUGCUACCUGCCAAGUUCGGACAUCCUAUGUCCCAGAGGAGGUGCUUUGGGGCUACCGUUUUGCUCCCAUAGUGUCCAAAACCAAGGAAGGGAAAUACCGUGUGGAUUUCCAUAACUUUAGCAAGACAGUGGAAGUGGAGACCCCUCACUGUGCCAUGUGCCUUUAUAAUGAAAAGGAUGCUAGAGCCAGGAUGAAGAGAGGCUAUGACAACCCCAACUUCAUCUUGUCAGAAGUCAAUGAAACAGAUGACACCAAAAUGUAGCAGUGGCUUUUCAACACAUGUAAAGCAAACUCUCUAAGGUACGUAGUGACUAGACACAUUAUGAAGUGAUCGACACAUUGGGGGUAUGAAAGCAGGAUAAGAGCCUUCGAAGUCUACCAGCACAAUGACCCGCUGAGCUCCAUAACCAUGAUCUUAUGAGACUCGUAGCUCUGUGAGGCUACUGUAUGAGAACAUGCAAUGCAUCUCCAUGAAACUGGCAUAUGGAAGCCGUAGAAGCUUACUUGGAAUCUUGGAGUAUGAUUAUUUGAGAUCACACAGUGUUGAUGGGAACAGACAAAAAUCAUCAAAAGUUUCAUGGACAGACCAAACAAGACUUUUUAAAAGUUUCCUUAAAGAAUGUAUGAGCUUUAGAUAGAAUCAGGAAGCAAUGGUAUUCUCAUUUUGAUUCUACUGAUAAGAAAGACUCCAUUUUUAUUUGGGUGUUGACAUUUAUCAAUGGAAAAAUUGUCUUGUGAGUUGGGAGAGAUGAGCUAAACAAUCAAUGACAAU